UGGUAACUUUUUCCGUUUUUUGACUUUUUUUAUUUUACGGCUUUUAUUUCCGGCUUCUAUUAAAAUAUCUUGAAAUUCAUUUAAGCAUUGAGUAAUUACAUUAUCAUUUCUAGGGUGAUCAGUGUUCAUAAAAGUUUGAAAUUUCCUUUGUAUGGUGGGUGUUCUGAGUUGAUCAGUAAAUGUUCUAUUAUAAAUAUUUUUUCCAUAUAAAUUGAGGCGGCAACUUGUUUGAAAAAUUAGGAUUCAAUGCCCUAUUUGAAAAAAAAUCUGUGUCAUUUUUAGUAUUUAGCCAGGUAGUGAUCUGGCUAUGAUCUGAAAGGUAACUAGACUCCUGGGGCAACAAGGAAUUCGAUGUUGUUAAUUAAUUCAGUAUUACAAAUGGCGUAGUCUGUGGUACUAGUACUAUAUUUGUUGUGAAAAGUAGGUUUUCCUAAUGAAUCUCCCUUAAUUCUACCGUCAAGGAUUCUGAGAUUACAAUUUUUACAGAUUUCAAUAAGACGUUUGCCAUGAUUGUUAAUUUUGUUGUCAAAAUUUUCUCUUAUUGAUUUAUGAUAUAUGUCUGGGCUAAGAUUUUUUAUAUAUUUAUUUCCAUCUGGUUUGAUAAAAUCUUUAAGUUUUCCGAUUCUCGCAUUAAAAUCGCCAAUGAGCAAUACAUCCCCUUUACCGGAGAAUGUGAUUGUAUCUUCUUGAAGCUUAUCAAAUAGUUCAGGUUCAAAACAUUUAGAAGUUUCAGGUGGUAUAUAGACCACAGAGGUAAAGAUCAUUAUUUGAUUUAGAUAUUUCUCUAGAUAUUUUGCACCAAAUAAAGCUUUGUGAAUUUUUGAUAACAGAAAUGUGUUUCUCUAGUUUUGAUUUAAAUAAUAAAGUUAUGCCUCCAGAUAAUCUACUCGUCUGGCACACUUUCGCCGUUUUAAUACUAUUUAUUGUUCUAUAUCCUGGUAAGUUUAAAUUUGUUUGGGACCAGGUUUCUGUUAAUAAUAUAAGAUCAUUUGAUUUUAUACUAUUUACAAAAUCUAUAUUUUUUGAUUUGUCACCAAUCACCUUAUGAAAAAGGCCAUUGAUGUUCCACGUAGCUAUCGAUAAAUCUGACCGCAUUCUAUAAUUUUCUGAAACUUAUAUAAAAAAAAUAAAUUAAUGUGAUUUGAAAGGACUACUUAGUAAAUUUUGGAAAUUUUAUGUUAGAAUAGACUAUACACUAAAGUAUAUAUAAGAUCAAUAUGUUAAUCAUAAUUUCAAAAUAAUCGUGAAUUAUUGGUAGGAUCGUAAGAUUUACUAUGACACAUACCCAUACAUUAGUUUGAUGAGUUAAACCAGGUGAGGUGGUAAACCUGUGUUGACUGGUGUUGUAUAUGGAUGUUUUAUUGGGGGUUGAUGAACUUUGGUUGGGUUAGCUGGAAUAGGUGGUAUAUUAGCUUCCGAGAGGUUGAUUGCUUGAUUUGAGAAGUUGGUGGGUGGAAUAUUAGAUGGUGUUGUGGAGUAGUUGGUUGGUAAAAUGGGUAAAAGGAAUGGUGGUGGAAUGAAUCCAGGGGCAGGGUUAAAGGCAGGUGGGUUAAAAUAUGGGGGUUCAUAGUUGCUAGUUGGUGGAAUAAAACCAGGUGGCAAUCCGACGUUUUUAAGUGGUGUAGAUUUUCGGUUGUUCAUUUGUUGCUGGUGCUGAUGAGGGUUAUCCCGAACCCAGGUGGGCUUGGGAGAAUGUAGGCUUACUUUGUUAUUUUGGCCAUCACGACUGGGGGUUGUUUGCUGUUCGUUUGUUUUGAGUAUACCGGUUGAGUCACCAGGUACUUUGAAGAAGGCAGCUGCUUUGAGGUUUUUAGCGAAAACUCUGAUUCCAAAUUCAUUUAAAUGUUUUCUAUCAUAAAAAUGUUGGUAAGAAGCAAAGACACCACUGUAGUUUACAUGAAGCACAUUAGUUUUAUUUGUGCAUUUUUCUUUAAUUUUCUGGUUUAACAGAUUAAUACGAGAUUGCUGGUUGUCCAUUCGAAUUGAUCUAAUUUUUCUAUUGAAUUUUGCUGUUUAAGUUCAUCAGCGGAGUUAAUCAUAUUCAUAAGGAUAUCAAAUUAAUUGUUUCCCCAUGAUUUCAAGGGUUUCCCCUGAAUUUAUAUUCUGCCAGUAGAGAUGUGAAAGGUUAUUGUAAUUAAAUUGGCUGUAAUUGAGUUGUUUGCAGAGUUGCUGAGAGAUAUUUGAAUUUUAUCACAUUUCGAGGCAUCGUUUGCUUCUUCUUGUUCUUCCCAUCGAACAUUAAAUAAGGGGUUUUCUUUUAGGCUCAGAUAGUAACGAAAAUAAAACGCUUUCAUACACAUGACCAAUCUUUCCUGCGAGGUUGAAAAGGCAAUCAUAUCUGCAUAUGCUUUGUAUAGAUUAUAAUCUAACAUUUUAUAAGGGGCUUGCUUCUUCCUUGAUUUCUUGAAUUCGGAGGUUAAACGCCAUCGGGAAAAUGAGCUGUCGGGUUCUAUCGCUGUUGUUGGUAAAGUACGUGCUUCGUCAAGCUCGACUGAUUUUUCUUCUUCAAGCGUAUCCUCAUCCAUAAUUAUUCUCGUAAAAACUUUCACGGGAUGUUUAGGUGUUUGUAUAAACAAAAAUAAACUUACAAAGUACUCCUUUUAUCACAAAAAAAUUAAUAUUUUACGCUCGAAAAAACAUGUCCGCCAUCUCGCAAAUGCAAAGGAAAGACCACAAUGCAAUAAUUAUUAAAAUAGCGGGCCAAAAAUACUAUUAGUGACAAAAAACGAUAUCAGUGACAUAUCGUGUUUAUGUCACCCUGGUAUCGCCCUGAUAUGAUAAGUAUGUGAUAAAUAUAGGUUAUCAUAUAAGGGAUGAGGUGAUAUCAGUUUUAUCGCUCGAGGGAUGAUAUCACAAUUGUCACGAGCGAGCGCAGCGAGCGAGGGACAAUUGUGAAAUCGUCCCGAGAGCGAUAAAACUGAUAUCACCGAAUCCCGAGUACGAUAACCUAUUUAUUAUAUACUUGUACCUUUAUCAGGGUAUGACACCCAAAAGUAAACAGUUUUGAAAAAAUAGGAUCAUUUUAGAAUUCAAAACAUUCAUCAUUUACUGAACAAAUAUGAUUUUUGAAAAUAAAUAGACCAUUCAUAUAAAUAAUAUACAAUUUAAGUCUUUCGUUUUGUAUUAUCGUUCUUGUUUCCUUCGAUAAACUGUCGACAUCAACCAACACGAACCUCGAGUCGGCCAUCUUUGUUUUGACAAGGCGCGAAAUUUAGCGGGACAAAAAACGAUAUCCGAGACAAAAAACGAUAUCCGGGACGAUAUCGUUUUUAUGUCCCGCUGCUUCCUACCUGAUAAAGGUACAAGUAUGUGAUAAGAACCAUUACAAACAUUUUGCAAAAUUGAAAAUUAUUGAUAUAUUGACUACUAUAGGCCUACAAAUACAGUAGUAUCACGAUCUUUGGGCAUCCCACUCAGGAACCAAAUGUUGCAGAUUUGAAUUUUGAGUGAAAAUUACAUGCAUUGUUAGACUCAGGAGCAGCUGCGAAAUUUACAAGGAUAGGAACUGAACCUGCACCUCGCGAUUCUGGAUGGUGCAGCACUCUGAGUCCAGAUAUUAAACAGUAAUUAUAAUUUGUUUGUUAUUUCGAGUCACAACAAUUAUAAUGUAUUUUGUGGUAUGUUGAUAUUCUAAUUCUGCCACUGAAGACGAUGUUUACUACCACAAUUUUUUUGCACACGUGUCAGUCCAAAAAUUAUUGACAUGCCUUGGAAAUUCGAAAAGCUUUGCGAUGCAUGCAAUGCCGUUAUGGUCGUGGCUCGGCCGCCAGUUUUCAAGAUGAUUAAAACGUAAAAGAAUCAACAACCAGCCACUUGCAACAAUAUUAAACCUUACCCACACCCCACACCUAAUCCUAACCCCCACACUAACUCUAACGCUAAAGCAAACUCUUAUUUCAAUUUUGGAACCAUCUCGUAAACUACCUCUCUUCCAUCUCUUUUAAACAUUACCAUGCCGUUAUCUGGAUUUAAGAUGAUUUUGGCGAUUAUAGAACCUCCAUUAAUAAUGAAUAGAUUCAGUAUUUGCCGUGGGAUUUCAUGAUAGUUUGCUGCGUUUUGGCUAAAUUAAUGAGAAUUUAUCUUCAGAAACCCCAUCCCCGUCAUGUUUUCCCCGAAAUAAGUCCAUCAAGUUUGGCCCAAGAACGACUUUUUGGGCGUCGUUUGGCUCUUUUGAAUUUACAGUGUUCUUGCGAUGGCCAGACAAAUAUAUGUUUCUUAUUCGUAUUUACUGGAAAUUGUUUUCAAAAUUCUUACUGUGGAAAUAGUAUCUUAGUUGAAAAUAGUAUGGACAUCCAAUUUUCAUACUAACUGCAAUUUCCAUACUAUGGAUUUUUAAGGUGUCUAAAAAAGUUACGGCCCUUAAUUAGAAAUCAUCCUUUUGUUGUAAACACCCAAACCUCAUUACCUCGAAGGAGUAGUCCCGUCAGUUGCUCAGUUCGAUUAAAUAAAAAGGUUCAACUGACUACAGAACAAAUAGUUUUUUACUGUUUACGUGCACAAAAUCAAAUUCAUAUGUUGAACGAUACCAAAAACUUAAAUUAAAUAACUUCCCAUGUAUAAUUAUAAAAUUCGAUUAGUAGUAGGAAAACGCCGAUUCUGGGACAUUUUGGUGACAAACCCUCACCCCCACCCCCAUGGUGACAAAAAGACCAAUUAACAGCUACUGCGCACUCCUUCUGCGCAGAUUUUGGAUCACAUGACCUAUGACGUCACUUCCGGUUUACUGCGCACCCCCUCCCGCGCAUCCGAUGACGUCACUUCCGGUUUACCGCUAUGACGUCACUUCCGGUUUAUAAAAUCACGUGACCACGCCCCCACCACGCCCUCCCCCAAACCCCUGCCAGCCCCCCGCCGCCCCACGCUUGGAGUAAUCUCGCCGAAGCCUUACAUAAGUCUUGCAUAAGCUUUACAUAAGUCUUCCCUAGGUCUUCCCUAAGUCUUCCCUAAGCCUCCCCUAAGCCUACCCUAAGCCUUCCCUAAGCCUUCCCUAACCCCACCCAAAACCUACCCAAAAACCCCACCACCCCCCGCCUUGGGAAGUCUUCAAUAAGUCUUCCACUGCGCAGAUUUGGAUCGCGUGAUCUAUGACGUCACUUCCGGUUGAGGAAAAAAGCUGAGUCAGCAGUUUUUGAAAAUAUUUUUCUUUUUGUAUAUAAUAAAAAGGAUCCUUUUCCUUCAGUUCCCAGGUCCUGGAACAAGUUGUCAUUCCUAUUUUUAAACCCUUUGGGUUUGAAAAAAACUGAGUCAGCAGUUUUGAAAUAAUUUUUUUUAAAAAAGGACACCGGAAAUUACUGAAAGACUAAGGGGAUGGUACAACUGGCUAACCACCCACGUACCAUCAUCCAUCAGGAAAGGCGUGUCCGACGCUUUUAACACCAUGAGGAAGAAGGUUGUAAAACUGUACAGCGGCAAAGAGGGAGAAGACCAGUGGCACGACGCAAGGGAGAACUUCAGCGACGAGGACGAACAGUGGUACGACGCCAAUCCGGAAGAGGAUCUGAAACCCAUCCUUGCCAAGCGUGGUAUAAAGGAGAAGGUAAAGAAGUAUGUCAUCAAUCCUAACGGAUCGUACGACCCGGUCCACUUCCUCGAUACCACAAGGGACGAGGUUGAGACGCUCAUAAAUUCUGAAACAGAACCGAGGAACGUAAACAUGUCUCUAGCAUGCGAGAUAGUAAGGAACGAUCCGAAAACUGAGGAAGAAGUAUCCGUCGUCGCACACUUCAGAUCAAAAACCCACAAACUCGUCGGUACGGAUAACACGGAAGAGUCUUUUAACACCAUGAGGGAAAAGAUGCUAAAAUCCUUUUCCGAAUACCAGAAGCGUGGUAGUGGGUGGAGGCUUCGUAGGGUAGAUCUGCUCGAAAUUCAUAUCGGAAAAUACCAACCGUUAAGGGGAAAGGGCUACGAACCAUUAUCCGGGACAAUCAGGAAAAAGAAAGUGAUCAUCAACAUGAAGAACGACGACGAUGAAUGUUUCAAGUGGGCUGUGACCCGCGCACUGAAUCCCACUGACAUCCAUCCGGAAAGAAUUACAAGGAUUCUUAAGGAGCAGGCUAAGGAACUAGACUGGGAAGGGAUAGAGUUCCCAACACCCCUGGACAAUAUAAAAAAGUUUGAAAAGAACAACAACAUCGGUGUUAACGUGUUUGGGCUUGACAGAUGUCAUAAGGUAUGUCCCUUGCGAAUAUCCGGCAGUGUUGAUUCUAUAAACCUCUUCAUGUGGAAGAACCACUAUAGCGUCAUCAAGGAUAUGUCGAGACUUGUAGGCGAACAGGUUAACGAUCAUGGACAUAAAAAACACAUCUGUAACCGCUGUCUUAAUGCAUUCGGAUCGAGCGGGCUCUUGGAGAAACAUCUGGAGUUAUGUUCGAACAACAACUAUCGAAGGCAUGAGUAUCCAGAACCUGGUACUACUACGGAGUUCAGAAAUUACGAAAGAAUACAGACCGUUCCGUUUGUCAUCUAUGCAGACUUCGAAUGCUACAUCGAAGGGGUUGACGCGGUUGGGCGAAACCCCAACAGAUCGAGUACCACCCAAUACCAAAAGCACAACCCAAGCGGAUUUUGUUACUACGUCAAGUGUUUCGACAAUUCCGUUUACAAACCCAAGCUGGUACACUAUACCCAACAACACGAGGGAGAGGACGUUACCAAAAAGUUUGUGGAUGUGUUGGAAGAGGAAGCUCACGAUAUAUACAACAGGUUCAAGUUCAAGGAACCUAUCAAGAUGUUUUUCAAAGAUACCGAAAAUUAUGAAAGGGCGACUGUCUGUUAUGCGUGUAGGAAGGAAUUCACUGCGAAAGACCACAAGGUCAGGGAUCACUGUCACUAUACGGGAGCGUACAGGGGUGCGGCACACAAUACGUGUAAUUUGAAAAUGAGAAAACCGAGAUUCAUUCCGGUACUUUUUCACAACCUCGAAGGAUACGAUGCUCAUCUAUUCAUUAGAAACCUUGGGGUAAAUAGUGGAGACAUCAAAUGUAUUCCUAGAACGGAAGAGAAGUACAUUUCCUUUACUAAGGAGAUAGAGGUUGGUAAGUUUACCGAUGAAAACGGGAAGGAGAAGAAGGUUAUAAGAGAGCUGAGGUUUCUUGACUCGUUCAAGUUCAUGGCAAGCUCUCUGGACAAGCUCGUCAAGGGUUUGGGUAAGGACGACUUCAAAAAUUUGGAGUUGAUGACGGGUCGUCGCACUAAGGAACGGAGGGAGUUACUUAAACAGAAGGGUGUUUACCCUUAUGAAUAUAUGAACGGUUUUGAGAGGCUUGAAGAAACAUCGUUACCACCGAGGGAGAAAUUCUUCAGCAAGCGUAGCAACGAAAACAUAAGUGACACGGAUUAUGAAAGAGCCUGGAAUGUAUGGAAUACCUUCAACAUGAAAACCAUGAGGAACUAUCAUGAUCUGUACCUGCUAACGGACGUCCUACUCCUGACGGAUGUGAUGGAAAACUUUAGAAAGGUUUGUAAGACCAACUACGGAUUGGAUCCGAUGUGGUACUACACAGCACCCGGGUUGGCAUGGGACGCUGCGCUGAAGUUAACCGGUGUGGAGCUGGAUCUCAUAUCCGAUCCCGAUAUUUUAUUUAUUUAUUUUAUUUUAUUUUAUUUUAUUUUACAAGAUUCGCCAAACAUAACAGACAUAAAUAAGACUAAUACUUUACAAAAUUUACAUACAAUUCGGGCAGGGACUAGCCACAGAGAUAAUCUCCAAUUAUGGGGCCCCUCACAAUAAGUUACAAUAUAUAACAUUAAAACGAAUUAUGCUAAAAUGUCAACAACAUGUCCUCACUAAUAAACUAUCAAGAGACCGAGUUGAGUGGCAUUUGACGCACACAGACUUAAGUGUUCUACGAUUGUCCGGGUUGUAUAUUUGUUCUAAAAGGUUUAAGUAGUAAUUGAAUAAAGAGAUUUUAAAGUAAGCUAAUGAUCUUGAAGUGUCACGAAUAUUGCUAGGGAGAAUGUUCCAUACGCUAGGCGCUCUCACAUAGAAAUUGUUCUUGUAGCUAACUGUCCUGCAUCGAGAUACAUUAAGAAGAAUACCAUUGACAGGGUCAGCGUUUCUAGUCGUCCGGGUGGUUGUUCGUAUUGACACAUUGACAUCGUUGCUUAGAAUACUCUUGUAAAGAAAAACUAAGUCUAGAAAUUCGUGCCAAUAGCAGACCGGGAGAAUACCGAUAACCAGUAGUCGUUCCCUGUAUGUUGUGGCUGUUCUGUAAGGAAGGGAAAGGAUGAAUUUGGUCGCGCGACGUUGAACCCGUUCUAUUGACAGUAUGUCGCUGACAGUUUGAGGUGCCCACACCUGGCUGGCAUAUCCUAACUUGCUGCGCACUAAGGACAGGUACAACACCUUUCGCACGUGGAUGUUAUGCGUGUCGGAUGCUGUUCGACGAAUGAAGCCUAGCAUUGAGCUCGCUUUUGAUGUUAUUUCUUCAACCUGUUUCGUCCACUUGAGAUCUUUUGUGACAACAAUCCCAAGGUCUUUUUGAUGACAUAGUUGCCUCAGAGAACUAUCCAGUAGUUUAUAAUUUGUUGUGACUGGUUGGCGACUUCUUGUGAAGCUCAUUACUCCGCAUUUAGACUUAUUUAAGUCCAUCUUCCAGAUAGUACACCAGUUCACGAGAUUAUUGAGAUCAUUCUGCAGACUUUCGCAAUCGGGUAAAUCUUUCACCGGACGGUAGCACUUGGUAUCAUCGGCAAACAUUGCCACAGUUGAUUCGCCCGAGAUGGAAUGUGGAAGAUCGUUCACAUAUACUAGGAAAAGGAGGGGCCCCAAGAUUGAUCCCUGAGGAACUCCAGACAGUACAGGGAGUGUACCGAGGUCUCACCCAGAACAGUGACUCUUUGGUAGCGGCCGGAGAGAUAAUUUUCAAACCAACUUAGUAGGUCACCUCUUAUUCCAAACUUGUGAAGUUUAAUCAACAAAAGCUUAUGACUAACCUUGUCAAACGCUUUUGCAAAGUCCAAAUACACAGCGUCGACUUGGUUUCGACUCUCCAACGCUUGGUGAAUAUCCUGGAGAACGUGCAGAAGCUGUGAGGUGGUUGAUUUGCCUCUGAGGAAACCGAAUUGUAGAUGGUGGAGUUGAGUGAAAAUGUGUGAUACGAGUUGGUUGUAGACACAACGUUCGAAGACUUUGGAGACCAGGGACAACAGAGAUAUUGGUCGAUAGUUUGAUACAUCUUCAGCUGGACCUUUCUUUGGGAUUGGAACAAUAUUGGAGAGUUUCCACUCAUUUGGAAGUUUACCCAGAGAUAAACUCUUGUUGAAGAGAUCACAUAGCGAUAAAUAAAUACUGGACGCACAGUUUUUGAGGAGUUUCGCUGGUAUUUUGUCAGGGUCAGCGAUAUGUACCUAUUCAUCGAAAAGGGUAUUCGGGUGGAAUCAGCACCAUCACCAAAAGGUAUGCCAGGGCAGAUAAUAAGUAUAUCGAACUUUCUAAGAACCUAACCUGGUUGGAAAGAUUCAAAAAGUGGAUGGGAAAAAAGUUUUCCGAUCUAUCAUCCGUAAUCAUAUCAAUGCUUAGCAUGAUUAUUUCGGCAAUUACUGGCAUUGAACCGGUAACCAAUCGUGACGACAAGGGGCGGUCCACAUACCUACCCUAUAUGGACGCGAACAACCUGUACGGAUGGGCAAUGAGUCAACCUCUACCCAUCAAGGAUUCUAAGUGGAUGGACGGCAGGCGACAGGGAACUGGAGAAGUGGACAGACUAUAGCUGUAUCCUCGAAGUGGAUAUGGAAUAUCCGGACGACUUACACAGCAAGCACAACGAAUAUCCCCUUGCACCCGAAAAAAUAAUAAUUAACAAGGUGGAAAAACUCGUUCAGAACCUCAACGGCAAGGAAAAAUACGUCCUUCACCAUAAGAACUUGGAACAGUACCUGAACCUGGGGUUAAAGAUCACUAGGAUCCACCGCGGACUGAAAUUCUACGAAAAGCCUUGGAUAAAGGAAUACAUCCAACUCAACACGGACCUGCGUACAAAAGGCACUACGGACUUUGAGAAGGACUUCUUCAAGCUUAUGAACAACUCGGUAUUUGGAAAGACGAUGGAAAAUGUUAGGAAUAGGGUCGACAUAAGACUUGUUAAUAACGAGAAGAAGUGGAACAAGUUGGCUCAAAACAACUACAAAUCUGCGACCGUUUUUUCCGAAAACUUAGUGGCAGUCCAUAUAAUGAAGACAUCCGUAAAACUGAAUAAACCUAUAUAAUUGGGGAUGAGCAUCCUUGACAUCAGUAAGACCCUCAUGUAUGACUUCCACUAUAAUUACAUUAAACCAAAGUAUGGGGAUGAUGCCAGGCUCCUAUUCACGGACACGGACUCCCUAUGCUACGAAAUUAGGACCGAGGAUUUUUUCAAGGACAUAUCCGAAGAUGUUCACGAAAAGUUCGACACCAGCAAUCUAG